CAGUGGGUUGUCAGUCAGGGGUUAGAGUCUACGUGGUGAGGUUUGGAACCGUUAAUUCGGUUGUGCACUUAUCACCAUGGCCGAUACCCGUAGUGGGAAGAGUACUAGCCCUUACACCCAGGAACAGCAAGAGAAGAUGGUCGCCUUAGUAAGAGAGAAUAAGGAGAGGAAAGAGCUCCUGAAACAGGUGAAGCUAAAAGCAAUCGCAGAGGAGCAGGCGGCGAAGAUGAAGGAAUUGGAGGAGGAGAUGGAGAAAGAGAAGAAGGCUACUGAAGAAGAAGCGGCAGCAGAAGCAGACGAGGAAAGGAAACGCAGGGAAGAAAAAGGGGAGAGUAGUGGCACGGCAAAGGAGGAUGUUGCGAUGGAAAAGAAGAUCAACGAGGGGAUUGCUAAUUUGUCGUUGGGGGAAGAUGAGGAGGCAGAGUUUUAUGUGGCCCAGGACGAGAGGGAUGCGUUAGCCAAUGAGCUAGCAGCCCUAGAGGACCCUCUGGAACGGCGAGAAAGAGAAGAAGAGAAGAAGUUGGAGUGGAAACUGAGGAUAAAGAGGGAAAAGAAGAGAAGGAGGGAUGAAGUUAAUAGGUUGACCGCAGAGGUGGCGAAGGUGAGAGAUUGCAGGCAGGAGGUGCAGGCUCAGGCAGACACCUCGGCCAAAAUGGAGAAGGUGUUAGGGUACCUGGAGGUGUUAAGUGCGGCUUGGAUGGAGGAACGCCAAGCCAACAGGGCUCAAGAGGUAGCCCUGAGUGCCAUGCGGUCAGGAUUUAGGGAUUUUGCACGCGACAUGGUCACCCACGUUGGAGGCGAAGUUAAGCGACUGAGAGACAGCGUGGGGAAGUUUUGCGAGGGCGCCAUUGAGGGCGCCAAAGCAAUAGUCGCUGUAGAGGGCGACACCAGGCCUCGUAAGGAGCCCGUUAAGCUUAAAUUCCCAGAUGCGUAUGGAGGGAAGAAGGAAUAAAAUUUUGAUAACUGGGAGGCUAGUGUGAACAGUUACGUAUACUUACAUCACAUCCUGACUGAGGAGCAAGUCCUCGUCGCCUUCCAAGCCCUUAAGGAUGAAGCGGCUAGUUUUGCCAGGUCCCUAGCGCGCGCAGCCAGUUGUGAAAACAACCUGGUUGCAUAUUCCAAGGUUACCCCCCUUCCUCACUUCUUCAAGCUCCUAAGGGAGCGAUUUGCUGACCCAACGAGAGGCGUUAGAGCCUCUAACAAAUUACAGACUAUCCA